AUGUCCGUGCCCACCUCGUUCAAGGCCGCCGUCAUCCCCGAGCCAAAUGCCCAGCACCAGCUGUCCGAGCGCACCGUCCCGGCGCUCAAGGACGACGAGGUCCUCAUCCGCAACACGGCCGCCGCCGUCAAUCCCAUCGACUGGAAGCUCCGCCAGUUCAACGUCUUCAACCUCACCUACCCAACGGUGCUAGGCACCGACGGCGCCGGCGAGGUCGUCGCCCUCGGCAGCGCCGUCACCAACCUCAAGCUGGGCGACCGCGUCUUCUACCAGGGCAUCUACGGCACCGCCGACGCGUGCACCUUCCAGCAGUACUCCGUCCUGCCCGCCGUCCUCGCCGGACGCACGCCCGACAACAUCUCGGACCGCGAGGCCGCCACCGUCACCGUGGCCACCGUCGCCGCCGCCACGGCCCUCUACGACAAGAACGGACAGGGGCUCACGGCGCCGUGGGACCAGGGAGGGGACCAGGUGGGCAAGGGCAAGGCCAUCGUCAUCCUCGGCGGCUCGGGAUCCGUGGGGCAGUACGCCAUCCAGCUCGCCCUCCUCUCGGGCUUCGACAGGGUCAUUACCAACUCGAGCCCGUCGCACUUUGAUUACGUCCUCAGCCUCGGCGCCCACGCCGUGCUCGAUCGCUCCACGGCCACCGCCCAGGACUACAUCGACGCCGCCGGGUCCGCCGAGAUCGACGUCGUCUUUGACACCAUCUCGGUCCCAGACUCGGUCCUCCUCGCCACCGAGAUCCGCAGCCUCGCCGGCGGCGGCGGAAAGGUGAGCAUCAUCGUCCCCACCACGCCCGAAAUCACGCGGCUGGCCGCCGCCAAGAACGUCGAGUUCCUCAAUACGCGCGGCUUUGCAUGGAAGGACCGCCACCUCGGCGAACCCCUGAUGGAGAACCUCGGCGGCGAGCGCGGAUACAUUGCCACGGGCAGGUUCCGACCCAACCGCGUCACCCUCGUACCCGGAGGCCUCGCCCACAUCGAAGACGCCUUCGCAAAGUGCAAGCAGGGCGUCAGCGGUGUCAAGAUCGUCAUCGAGCCGUUUGACGCGUAG